CGAUCAGCUGAUCUCAAGUAAACAAUACCAACAGCUGUCACGGACAUGACUCACUGAGUUGACAGGAGCGAAAUAGCGGUCAAAAUUGAAGCGAAGGCCUACUUAGGGAAGGCCUGGAUGUGGGCAGCAGCAGUUGGCGGACUGCUGGCAGCAUGGUGCAUAGGAGCCGUGUGGGGCUGGGGGGGGAGUGUGGGGAGUGUGGGCGUGGUGCUUCCCCUCUCCCUCAUUGUAGGCGGAGUUGCAGCCCUGGUCUUGGGAGCAACGUUGACAAUCACAGCUCACAUUAUGUUGUCAGCCAAACAUCAGGUUACAGUGAGAGUGCCAGAGGAGAUACCAGCCUUGCACAGUCUUAUUGCUAGUAUCCGAUGCGAAUCGGAAACAUCGAUGCCAUCACGGCAUGGAGUUGUCAUCAGCCGCAAGAUUGAUGCCGCCAUCAAUGAGCUCAUUGAUUUGUUCAUUGAGAACAAUGUAACACCUUGGUACUCGUCUAGGGUUAGUGAUCCUGCUCCAAGCAUUGAGAUCCUCAGGAGUGUAUUAUGGUAUAGCAUUGUUGUUAUAAACGAGAGAGUGACACGUAUGGAUCAGGUGCGGUUCUUCACUGGCGGUGUGGCCACUUGUCUCACACGGCAUCUUGAACAUAUUAGAGUGGCUCAAGCUGCCGGAGAGGCACGCGGAGAGAGAGGCAUUUUCCAUUUGGUUCCUCAACUGAGCUCACCAGAGAGAGAGAUAAACUUCCUGAGGUUGGUGGCGGAACUCCUGGUGUCUCGUUGUCUUCCCCCUGAGUACUCACGGUGCACCCCAUUGCGGACGUUGCUCAAGGAAUUGCUGGCCUGCAAAGUGUUUGAACCCAUGAUAGACCGUGUUUGUGACCCAGACUGGAUCAACCAAAGGUUAGUAUCGUACCUGAGGCAACAGCAAGCAGCCGAGGAGCUACACCGCCGCACCUACAUGUACGCAGCCAGCUACGAGGACUUCAUCACCUUGAUCCAUGACUCGACUGAUAUCCACGACUUGGAACACUUGAGCUUUGACAACUUCUUAGAGUUGGUUUUAGCCUCUGAAAGCACAGAAGAUAUAAUGAGGAUAAGGCGCAAUAUAAUCAACGAAAUAAUGCAAGCUACUGCUAUCAAUAACUUGAAGAAAGCCAAAGGAGUAGACCUGAGUCGAGAAAGCACUCCACAGGGUUCAGGGAAGGGUGACUUACUUCAGGCCAGAAAUCUUAAGCGUUACAUCAACCAGCUCACAUAUGCUAAAGCACAAUGCGAACGAAGGAUCGCUAUUCUCAACAGCGGAAAGGCAGCAGCAGACAUCGGGCCUGUUGCAGAUGGCACUGGUAAUCCAGAUGUUUCUAGCUCAGUACCUGACACUUUCACACAGUCACUUCAGAACCUCCCAGGCAGGAAGAUUCUCAUGUUCCAAGCACUCCUGGAAUCUGCCUUUGCACGCCGCUACUUCUCCAUCUACUUGGACGAGAUUGGCCAGGGAGCGCUCAUCAGUUUCUGGUCAGCUGUGCAGGAGGUUCGUCAGUCAGACAAGAAGCUGCAUCAUCAGCUGGGCACUGAGAUUUAUUACACUUACCUCAGUCCAAAUCCACCCCCUGUGAAAGUUGAUAAGCCCACACUUCGAGGAGUUGAGGCAUUCCUGCUAGGAAACAGAGGUCCUGAAGUAUUCUAUGAAAUAGGAGAAGAAGUGGAACGUACUCUAGAGGAACGUCACUACACUGGUUUCCUUGUGUCAUCUACCUACCAUGCCAUGCUCCAUCAGGCUGCCGUGCAGGGCGUAGACUUUAUGACUGAGUGUGCUGAGGAAGGGGGAACAGGUAGCACAGAGGGCAGCAGCACAGAAUCAAUUGAGCAAGUACAGCUUCAGCUCUCUGAUCAUUCCACUUAUGCACGGAACAAAUUAGCUCAUUUGCAGGAGCGGCUCAAUAAUAAACUGCUGGCUCUGCAAGCAAUGAGACAAAGUGCCAAAGCAGAUGCCAAAGUCAUAACUCACCUGGAAGGGGAGAUCAACCAGCUGCGAAGCGACCAUAAGGUGCUGGAGACACAUGUGGAGAGAACUGUCCUCUGGAGUGACAACAUUGGGCGAUGGAGGGUUCAUGUCCAGAGUGUGCAGUUGGUUGAAGAAAAGGACAUCCCACACUUGGUCCUCUUGGUACACCUAGGUUCAGAGGACUCGAAAACUUCUUCGUGCCAAGACCUCUCCUCAACAGCCAUUACCUCAUCAUCUUCCUCGGCCUCUUCUUCUUCCUCUUUAUCAUCGGGUGUGGACAAUCUGGAGUCGUCACUGGUGGGCUCAGGACCUGGCAAUGGCUGGGUCGUCGUGAGGAAGCUUCCCCUACUUCUGGAUCUCCACAGGAAGUUAUGUCAAAUUGGUCCAUGGAUGAAAGCAGUAGAACUCCCUACAGUACCAACAAAAAUCCUUUUCGGAAAGGCUGCUGACAAAACCCAGCUAGAAAAAGUACGAAGUGUGGCACAGAAUUAUUUUGAUGCUGUGCUUAGUGAUGAGAAGCUCUCUGGUUCAGAGCUCAUUUAUGCCUUCCUCUCACCUUCCCCUGAGCACUUGAAGCAAGCAGGAACACAGCGCAAAAAGUCAAAAUUUUCAUUUUCAACAUUCUUCAAAGGUGGAGAUGGUAAGAGUGACAGUGAUGAGGAGGACCUAAGUCUAAUGAUGGACGGCAGUGAGGCUGCAGUUGAUGGAGGUGUGGGUGGAGAUGCAGGCAAAGACUCUGUUGCUGAGCCACUCUUUUCCUUCUUGGAGGAACUGUGUGAACUUCGAGGUGUAAGCAAGUGGCUCCGCAAGACUCUCAUUUCUUUUGUUCAAAUCACAUAUGGUAAAACCAUUACAAAACAUGUUCGUGAAACAGUCUCCAGUAUGCUGAGUGAAUCAAUGGUGCUGUAUUACAUACACACAGUCAAAGAUAAUCUCUGGCCUUCUGAGGAUGAGAUUCCAGCUACAGAACUGCCUCGCACUGAAGAUGAUAAACUGCGAACCAGAUACGAGGCUCGGGAGCAGUUUGUCAAUAACUUACCUGUGCUCCUGUGCACACUGGUGGGUCAACAGAAUGCUCGCAGAGGUGCCACAAAACUUUUUACAACACUUCAGCAUCAUGCACUUAACAAAAAUCUUUUUUAUAAUGUUCUGGAGGUGCUGCUCAAAGAAUUGUUUCCUGAACUACAAGAGCAUAUAGAAAAGAAAACAUGAAGAGUAGUAUACAAUGAACUGGAUGACACUUUAAAAGUCAUCAGUCAUAGUAAUGGAGAUACGGGAAACAAAUGCAGAAACCCAACACAAAGUAUACAGUGAUGAGAGAGAUUGGUCACUUCAGAAGUCAAAAUACUUACAAAGGAGAAUGCUUAACCAAAGAUUUUUGUUUUUCUUUCUUUCUUUCUGUUUGUGAUAGUUAACAUUCCUUUUUGAAAGGCCAAAGAUCUGUGCGUGUCCAUGUUAAUGUCUCAAAUCCCUAAAUAAUGUUAGGGGAAUUAGCUGUAUCCAGAAAGUGAGACACAUUCUGCUUUCUGUAGCUGUUUGUCAUUACUCUAGCAUAUGUUAUAUACUCACUGGAUGUCUAGUCAGUAAUUUCAUAGCAGCGUCUGAAUGAGUAUGGUAUUUUUAUAACAAACGUUUUAAACGGUAUUAAACGCAUGGUGGUGUUUUACUAAAUGUUUAGAUGAGAGUAAUGUCUUAUGAAUGUUAAAUUUUGCUUUAUUGAAUUAUUCUCAAAAUAGUAUUAAAAUUAAAUAUGCAAAGACAAUAAUGAAUACAGAAAUUGAAGUCAGAAUUGUGUAUGUGCUCACUGUUUUUCUUGAAUUUAAUCAUAUUAAACUGUUUAUGGAGGAACUGGGACCAUAUUUUUCCAUCAUUGCAGGAGGCCAACAGAAAAACAUGUUGAGGAGGUUUGUCCAACUUUCAUCAGAUUUUUAUUAAUUUCGAAGCAAAUUCUUCAUCAAAAAUAUCCAUUUUGACACAUUUGUUUCUUGUUGUAGCAGCAUCUCAUAGUUGGUGUGCAUGCUCAUGAUGUUGAUACAACUAAUGUGAUAUCAAAUGGUAUUCCUAAGUUAUUGAUAAAGAAUACAUUACACACUUUUGGGAAAAAAAUCUAACUGACCCCAUUUAAUGUGAUACCCUAUAUUCUCAAUAUUUUUUUCAGUUGGCCUUAGACCAUCAGCAACAAUAAAGUUAUUAUUGGUUGUAUUUUGGGAUGGUAUGUACAAUAUCCAAAGGUUUAUACAUACCUAACUUCUAAACUUAAAUAUAUUGAUGGCUGGAACUUUACCGUACGGUUGCCAUUUGUUUAUUUUAGGCUCAAGGACAAACAUGAUGAGAAAGCUGCCAUUUUUGAUAAGGAGCUUAUUUUUUUGGAAAUGUUAGGAUUAUAUUACAGAAAUAUAAUUUUAAUUUAUUAGGUAAAUUACUGUGAAUAAUGUCAUUAUAUUUUGCAUGAAUCUCAAAUGAAAUAUGUAUUUAUUUGAACAUGAUAAAUAUUCUUGGAUACUGUAUUUUUGGGACCCUAGUUUACGAGUGAAUUCUGUAAACAUUUUGUUUUUUAUGUAAAAGUAUAGCAAAUGA